AUGGCAAAAGAAGAAAAACCUCCACCUGAAGGAGCACACGUGCUCAUCUUCCCUUGUCCAGCGCAGGGCCAUGUUAAUUCCAUGGCCAACCUCGCUGAGCUUCUUGCCCUUCACAAUCUCCAUGUCACUUUUCUCAACACCGACUACAUCCACAAUCGUCUCAUUCGUUUCAGUGAAAUCCAAGCUCUUUCAGCAUGCUACCCUACGAUUCGUUUCAAGACCAUUUCUGAUGGUUAUAACGAGGGCCAGCACCCAGGUUUCGGAGACCGUGUAGUGGACGUCAUUGUUUCCAUAAUUUCCCAUGCAAAGCCCCUCUUGAGAGAGAUUCUGGUGUCUGAGAGUAGUGGAAUACCCAAAGUUAGUUGCAUUAUAGUGGAUGGGAUAUUCGGAAGCCUUGCCACUGAGUUAGCUUCUGAGUUUGGGAUACCACUCAUUCAUUUUCGUACAAUCAGUGCCUGUUGCUUCUUGGCUUAUUUCUCUGCUCCAGAGCUCUUUGAAUGCAACGAACUUCCCAUUAGAGGAGACGAGGACAUGGAUCGCAUCAUAACGAAUAUGCCAGGAAUGGAAAACUUGCUUAGAUGUAGAGAUCUGCCAAGUUUCUUCCGAGCAAACAAAGAGAACCACAUACAUCUGGACUCGAUCGUCUCCCUGACCUGACAAUCACUUGGAGCAGACGUACUCGUACUCAACACAUUGGAGGAGCUAGAAGGACCCGUUCUCUCCCAAAUACGUCUCCACUUUCCCAAACUCUACGCCAUUGGACCUCUCCACCACCAUUUGAAACUCAGAAAAGCAACAUCUAAAGAGAAAACAAAUAUUCCUUCGUUUAAAUAUUGUCUUUAUGAAUUGGACAAGAGUUGCAUGGCGUGGCUCGAUGCGCAGCCUCAGAAGUCGGUGAUAUAUGUCAGCUUUGGUAGUUGCACGCUAAUGACAAGGAAUGAGCUAUUGGAGAUUUGGCACGGUUUGGUUAACAAGAAACGGUUCAUGUGGGUAAUGCGACCUGACUUGGUUUUAGGAAAAGAUGGUGAGGAUAAAAUACCUGUGGAGUUGGAAGAGGGAACCAGGGAGAGAGGGUUUAUGGUGGGUUGGGCCCCGCAAGAGGAGGUUCUGGCCCACUGGGCCGUCGGUGGGUUUUUGACCCAUAGUGGGUGGAACUCGACCUUGGAGAGUGUGGUGGCUGGGUUGCCCAUGAUUUGCUGGCCUUAUUUUGCAGAUCAACAGAUUAAUAGUAGGUUUGUGAGUGAGGUUUGGAAAGUUGGGUUGGACAUGAAGGAUGUGUGUGAUAGGGACGUUGUGGAGAAGAUGGUGAAUGAUCUAAUGGUGCAUAGGAGGGAGGAGUCUCUCAGAUCAGCUCAGGAAAUGGCUGCGUUGGCCAAUAAGAGUGUGAGUCCAGGUGGUUCCUCUUACUCCACUCUCGAUGAUUUCAUUCGCUACAUAAUAUCAACCAGCAGAGUAAAUCGUUUAAUGUAG